CUGACGUCGUGCGUGUGCACCGCGCAAAAGUGUCUCUCUCUCUCUCUCUCUCUCUCUCUCUCGCUCUCUCUGGUUUCAGUCCCGCGAGAGGUAUGGCGAAAACCGAGUGGUCGGCGCGCUCGUAAAUCGUCGUCGUUGCAAUAGCGAGGUUCGUUAGCCGCAGCAGCCGGAAAGAAGCGGAGCGCGAGAGCUUCCUCAACAUGAUACGUCUGCUGGGAUUGGUCUUGAGCGUCGGCCUGGCGCUGGUCGACGCAGGCGUGAUCGCCGACGGGUACUCGGAGGACGGCGGCCGCUACGCGCUAGAAAACCAGCUGAACGUCGAGCGCCGGGAGAACGAGGCCAUCGCCAAGCUUUACGAGAACGUGCUGGACAUUCUGCAGUGUCGACUUCCGCGCGAAAGGCCCGUCAACGCUCGAGCCGACGACCAGCAGCAGCAGCAGCAGCAGCAGCAGCAGCAGCAAAGCUAUCUGGCGACGCAGCCCGUCCAGGACCGCAAUUGGAAGAGUCCCAAGGGCCUCGGCCAGGUCUCCGGAGUGAGCGUCGAUCAGCAGGGCCGACCCGUCAUCUUCCAUCGCGGCGAUCGCGAGUGGGAAUACGACUCGUUCGACUCCAACUACCAGUACGCGAGGCCCCAGGACGGACCCAUCGCCGUAAACACGGUGUUGACGUUCAACCCCGAGACUGCCCAGCUGGAAGACGAAUGGGGCAGCGAGGCGUUCUACCUGCCUCACGGCAUACACAUCGACACGCACGGCAACUAUUGGCUGACGGACGUCGCGCUCCAUCAGGUUUUCAAGUUCCCAAAACGAACGGGCAGUAGCGAGGGACGGGCGAGCGAGGCGGAGCCGAGUCUGGUGCUCGGCGAGCGUUUCGUGCCGGGCAGCGAUGGGAUGCACUUCUGCCAGCCGACAGCCGUGGCGGUGAUGCCUAGCGGAGAGAUCGUGGUGGCCGACGGUUACUGCAACGAUCGAGUGCUCAUCUUCGAUCCCACGGGCCGACCCAUAGGCCAGCUUCCGCCAUACGGCAACGAAGACUUCUUGAGACUCCGCGUGCCGCACAGCCUGACGAUCCUGCGCCGCGGCGACGUGUGCGUGGCCGACCGCGAGCACCAGCGCAUCGUCUGCUUCAACCUGACCGCCGCCCUGAAGCGGCGCGAGCGUCAACUGGCCAACGGCGAGCGCGAGCGCCAGCUCGAGUGGCCUCCGCUGGUGAUCCACCGGCCAGGUGCCUGCAGGAUCUUCGGCGUCGCCUCGCACGAUGACAUGCUUUAUGCUAUCAACGGCCCCACUACCCCGAACAAUCCAGUCAUGGGCUUCACUCUCAAUCCAGACUAUGGAUCUGUCGUCGCCACAUGGGGUCCUUCCUACGACUCAUUCAGCAAUCCGCACGAGAUAGCCGCUUGCCCGAACGGCUCAGCCCUGUACGUGACGGAGAUCGGCCCGAACGUGGUGUGGAAGUUCAGGCUGCUAACGAACUGGAAAAUGUAAAUUGAAAUAUACGCAAGCGAGAGAAAAAGGAAGAAGAGACAGCCCCCCCCCUUUCCCCCUACGCCUACUGUUUCGUUGCCAAGGGGUGACUUAUCUAUGGUAUCACGAGAAGAAGAAAAACCAGGAGCAGCAACAGCAGAGGAUCGAGUAGAGUCGCUCGAGAGUGUAUACCUAUAUGUAUUCUUAGUGGCCUGCAGGAGACGAGCAUCACGAGUACAGGCCGAGAGAGAGAGAGAGAGAGAGAGAGAGAGAGAGAGAGAGAGAGAGUAAACAUAUACAUA